AUGAAUACUGCCAAAGUUCAUACUCGAGUUUUGUCUUAAUAGAAAUUAACAAGUAAGAAUUAAAGAAUUAAUGGCUAAUUCAGUGAACCAAAUCAAUUAAGCACAAGCAUUUUAUUAUAAACACAUGAAAAACAUUCUUUUCCAAAAGCCAAACGAUUUCCUUCUGUUUCUAGAGAAUCAUCUCCAAAGAUGCUCUUAUUAUGCGAUACAAGAACAAAGAGGUCAACAUCCUUUGGAUUUGGUACAAAGCUGAUUAAACCUUUGGACAUGGAGAAAAGAGAUAAAUUAAAUCCAGCUCCUGGGGACUAUUAACUUAAGAUUUCUUAAAAUACAAAAUCAUUUUCAUUUGGGAAUAGGUUUGUCAAGAAACAUCGCUAAGAGGUGCCAGGACCAGGGCAAUAUUAGUAUAGACUGCAAUCCAAAACUCCAUAAUUUAGCAUGUAUGAAAAAAUAAUGUACCCUUAUAUAACAUUCAUUAGUGAUAAAAAAGUCUUACCUUAAUAAUAGGCAUCCUUUGUUACAUACAACCCAAAAGAAGCUAUAACUUUGAAUUAAAGAUUUAAUCAGAUUUCCUUCGGUAUAGGAGACAGACCAAAACAAACUUUAAAUGAAUAAGUUCCUGGGCCAGGUUCCUAUUAAUGCAAAUCACUAUUUGAUUUGAUCUGUGAAAAAAGAAAAUAAAAGGGUUCUGCUUGA